GGUUGAGUCUUUUAUCCUAAUAUAAGAUACGGUUUCUUAGUUUUUAACUAAAAAAGCUAAAAAACGUCCCUUAAAUAAGAGAUAUAAGAGACAUCUCUUAAUUUUUAAGACCGUAUCUUAUAUUACGAUAAGAAACUCAAUCUAAGAAACCUACAGUAAACAUGCUCUCACUUUUACUAAUAAACUCUCUCAUCUAAUUAACUGUAAUCUCAUAUAUAUCCUUGUUCUUCUUCUCUCUCAUCUUGGAUUGUGUUUUUAGCUUCGGGAAACAUCAUGAGAUUGCUAAAUCUUUUGUCAAAAAAAAAAAAACAUCAUGAGAUUGCUUCUUGGUCUUUUGUUUCUUUUGGACUUAACCAGCUCUUCAAGUGCAACUUAUUGUCUAUGCAGAGAUGGAGUUGGAGAGAAAGAUCUUCAGACAUCAAUAGACUAUGCAUGUGGAGUUUUAGGAGAUUGUAAUCCAAUCCAUGAGAAAGGUCCUUGUUAUCAACCCAACAAUGUCAAGGGUCAUUGUGAUUGGGCAGUGAAUAGCUAUUUCCAAAGAUCUGGACAACUCCCUGGAAGCUGUAAUUUCUCAGGAAUUGCUACUACCAGCCCCAAUCCUCCUUCAACUGUGGUUACUGGUUGUAUCUAUCCUUCAAGUCCUGGAAGUACAGGGACAACUACAACAACGAGACCUCCAGGAACACCGACGUUUCCUGGACCUCCUGCCUUUGGUCCAACCGGAGGUUUUGAUCCUUCAGGGAAUGAUGCUUUGAGUUUGUUCACUUCAAUAGCACUCACACUUGGUUUCGUUGUCAUUGCGUUUCAAUAAAAAGGCAGUGUGACUAGAAAGUGGGGUUGAGGUUUUUGAUGUACGGAUGAGAUUUUGCCACGUACGAUUGCAAGUUCUUUGAGGCAGACAUCCACUUUAGGUUGGUUUCUUGAUGUUAGGCUUUUUUUGGUUUAUUGUUUUUUUUCUUUCAUCUAUGCAAUGCAAGUAAGAGUUGAUUCUAAGAGAAUCUUUCUUUUUAAGUGUUAUAUGCCGAGUGAAGAGAACACUUAUGAUAAGAAUGUAAACGACAAGCAAAGUGGAAAAACAUGCAAAGUAGUAGAGUUGUGGCUCAAAGAGAUCUGU